GAUUGUAGUUAUGUCGCUAUGGUGUGAACUAAUGGACACCACUCAAGCGUUUUGACUAUCGAAGAGUUCAUUUGACUCUUAAAUUAUAACAUUCUGGCACAUGACGUCACGUACUGGCCAAUAUUGAUGAAAUUCAAAAACCUGCACAGGGAUAAUUAGUCAAGACUUUAGUGCCGACUAGGUAACCAAUAUAACUCGCAAACUUACGGCAGCAAUUUAGCAUCUGGGGAUAGCGAGGAGUGUUUGCGCAAGUACCAGUCCCAUUCUUUAGGCGAGGAAUAAUUCAAGUUUGAUUAAGCAUUGUUUUUUUCUUGUUAGUUUCGUUUAUAUAAAAAGGUGUGACUUCAACCCACGAAAUCAUAUAAAGGUAUAACCUUUUCCACUGAAGCAGGAGAAUUCGGGAUACUUGCUCUGUAGAGGAAAACAGGAUUUGACAAUCAUGGAGGGAUUCAGGACAUCCGUUUAUUCCGUGCUUCUAUUCGUCGUAGCCACAUCGUCAAUUGAGAUUAAAACACAACAUUUUCGAGAAAAACAUUUGGUUAACCAACUAGACAAAGUCCGCCAUCAGCUACGGGAGUUAUCAACAUCAGUAGCAAAACUCAGGACCUCCACACAAAGGGAAGCCUGUGCUUUUGGUAUCAAUUCAGAUGUCUGCACGGAAAAUUACAUAGAGAAAAUGGCAGCUCACGAAGACAAUUUACAGGGACUCAAGACUGGGAAUCCUGGGAAAAGACGCCAAACACGAAGUGCUGGCAGCCCCCUGAAUUUAUUCGUAGAAGAUUUGCUAAGAAAAAAUGAAGCCUUACAGUCUAUUGAGCAGAUAUUAAAUAAUGUGUCCAAAACAGUACAUCAAGAAAAGAAACGAAGCUGUACCUUGAAUUUGGCUUACCAUUGUCAAACGUCGGAAUAUGCAGGACUAACAGAUCUUUACAACUAUCUCAACAGUAAUGCAAGUCCUGGAAAGAGGAGAUAACCAAGCCGUGUUCUUGUCAUAUUACACAUUAAACAUUCUGCAAAUGUACUAUCUUUUUCUUACUAGGUAUUUUGAUUUUCACCAAGAUUUCAUUGGGUAAUAAAAUAUACUGUAUGAUAUCUAUAAAAUUUUGCUGAUCCUAUUUAUCCUACGAAAUAAAAGUUCACAUAUAUUUUG